AUGGGCAAAAGGGUACCUGGUUUGAUUGCUCUUUUUGAUGUUGAUGGUACGCUUACAGCUCCUAGAAAGGUGGCAACUCCUAGGAUGUUACAGUUCAUGCAAGAACUUAAGAAGGUUGUUACUGUUGGUGUGGUUGGAGGUUCUGAUCUCGUUAAGAUAUCGGAGCAGCUUGGGAACACAGUUAUAAACGACUAUGAUUAUGUGUUUGCCGAGAACGGUCUCGUGGCUUACAAGGAUGGAAAUUUAAUUGGAAAACAGAGCUUGAAGUCAUUUCUUGGGGAUGACAAGCUCAAGGAGUUCAUCAACUUCACUCUACAUUACAUUGCUGACCUGGAUAUUCCUAUUAAAAGGGGAACGUUUAUUGAAUUUCGAAGUGGGAUGCUUAAUGUAUCACCAAUUGGAAGAAACUGCAGUCAGGAAGAACGAGACGAGUUUGAAAAGUAUGAUAAGGUAAACAACAUUCGCCUCAAAAUGGUGUCUGUACUCCGUGAGAAGUUUGCACAUUUUAACCUAACAUUCUCUAUUGGUGGACAAAUCAGCUUUGAUGUUUUUCCUCAAGGCUGGGACAAAACAUAUUGCUUGCAGUACUUAAAUGACUUUCAUGAAAUUCACUUCUUUGGAGACAAGACGUAUAAGGGAGGAAAUGACUUUGAAAUCUAUGAAUCAGAGAGAACCAAAGGCCACACAGUUAUUAGCCCCGAGGACACACUAAACCAGUGUACGACUCUCUUCCUGAACUAA